AUGCCAGAGUAUACGCUACUGGCUGAUAAUAUAAGGGAGAAUAUCGUUCAUUUCGAUCCGAAUGGUUUGUUUGAUAACUUGCACACCAUUGUUCAUGAAGAUGACAGUCAAGAGAACGAGGAGGCCGAGCAUUUCAAUUAUGAUCAGGUGUUGGAUAAAUCGUUAUUGUCAAGAGGUUCUAUUGUCGGUCUCGGUUUAGGACUAAUGAGUCCCGUUUUAGGAAUGUGCACUAGUAUGGCCAUUGGGCUAAUUAAUGGUGGUCCGUUAACUAUAAUGCUAGGUUUUUUAAUCAGUGGAGUGUGUAUAUGGUUUUCGUCGCUUUCUCUUGGUGAGAUUGUUUCAAAAUUUCCGAUGGAACUGCAUGUUGGGAGUGCCAUGUUGGCCCCGGAGAAAUUGAAAUUAGUAUGUUCGUGGUACACUGGCUGGUUAAUGCUCAUAGGGAAUUGGACUAUGAGUACCAGUAUUACUUUUGCAGGCGCUCAACUUACCAUUUCUUUGAUUCUGAUGACGAACUCCAACCUAAUAUCCGAGGCACACUUGAUUUUUUACACAGUCAUUGUAUUUUACUUAGUUGUGACUGUUGUAGGCCUCGUGAAUUUGAAAUUUGCAAGAUUUAUUGAAACAAUAAACAAAGUCUGUGUUUAUUGGAUCAUAUAUGCCAUUAUAUUUAUUGAUAUUCUUCUACUAGUAUUCCACAAAGGUAAAUUUCGAUCUUUGAAGUACGCGCUAUUUCACUUUGAUAAUAAUCUAUCAGGGUAUAAAAGCGCAUUUCUUUCCUUCAUCAUUGGAUUCCAACAGUCUAAUUUCACGUUACAAGGUUUCAGUAUGUUACCUGCUUUAGCUGACGAAGUCAAAGUUCCUGAGAAGGAUAUUCCACGUGGUAUGUCGAAUGCGGUAUUGUUAUCCGCGUUCUCUGGAGUCAUUUUUCUUAUACCAAUAAUGUUAAUCCUGCCAGAUAAUGAUUUGCUUUUUACCAAUCAUAAGGUUCUACCAAUAGUGAACAUUUUUACAAAAUCGACUGAUUCGGUGGUCUUGUCUUUUUUUUUAGUGCUCCUAAUUUUAGGAAACUUACUGUUUUCCGGAAUUGGCUCGAUUACUACAUCUUCUCGUGCGGUAUAUAGUUUUAGUCGUGACCAGGCUAUACCAUACUACGAUAAAUGGACCUACGUCGAACCGGAUUCUCAGUCAAAAGUCCCCAAGAAUUCUGUUGUAUUGAGUAUGAUAAUAUCAUACUUUUUAGGUCUGCUAGCUUUGAUUUCAACGGCCGCAUUUAAUGCUUUUAUAGGCGCUGCAGUGCUCUGUCUUUGUUCUGCGACUUUCAUUCCGUUAGUCUUGGUGCUGUUUACGAGAAGAAGAGCUAUCCGAAGCGCGCCAGUAAAAAUCAGGUAUAAGUUUGGUUGGUUCAUCAACAUUGUUUCUAUUGUGUGGCUCUUGUUAUCUAUGGUUUCUGUUUGCCUACCAACGCAAGUGCCUGUAACUUUCAAAACAAUGAAUUAUGCUUUAAUGGUGUACGUAUUCUGCAUUUUAGUUAUCACUGGUCUUUAUUUCAAAUGGGGGAAGUAUAAUUUUAGAUUACCCUUGGCAGAUGACAUCAAGGCUCCAAUUCCCAGUGAUGCGGAAGAAACUGUUUUUGAACUAGAGGAUAGCAAUGUUGAACAUACUCUAAACUCGGGAACCACAGUGAAAGAGUCUGUAGAAAAUAAUUCUGAAGAAGGUUUCAUCAAGGUGCAUCCUAAAAGUAGUACAGAAAAUCCCUUUGAGGAAAAUGAGGAAAACGUGAUAACCGAUUAUGGUGAUGAGCACCAUACAGCAGAACAAGAAUUUGAUCUUGCCGAUGAUCGUAGAUAUGAUAUAUGA